AUGUUAGAGACCAAAGCUGAGUUGGAGCUCCCCACAAGCUACACCAGGUCCGGAUCCGACCCCUCCUUUGUUGGUUCUCCACGUACUCCGUGCUCGACAGCUAGGGGAGGUGAAAUCAAAGAAAGUGGUGCUUCGACGAUUCUAGCCUCCCGGAGAGCAACUAAAGCAAACUGGCCAGAUAAGUCAAGUUACUUUCUUUUCCCAGCCACACUGUUACAGCGCGAUUCUUCUGGCCCAUGCCCGCCAGAAAAUGGGGUUUCCGCUGUUCUUUUCCUGUUCGAGAAAAGCAUAAGAAUGUCCUCGUGCACCCACUCCCAUGUGAACUUUGAAUCGGACGGCAUAGAAGGGCCUCCCGUUAUGUUUGUCUCGGAUGAUAUGUUUAAAAGGGGGACCGGCCGAUGCUGUGUCCGCAGCAGCACCACCACCAGCACCACCACCAACAAUGGGAAGGUUUACCACUUCCUCGACGUGCAGGAGCUAAAGUAA